CAUUGCAGGACAUUUAUGGAAGCCGUGUGUCUUCCUCACCUGCAGGGGGCGACACUCAUCUGUCACAACACAAAGAGGAAGCUCGACAACUUCCGACUUCCUCCUUCCCUUGAAGAGGAAGCCAUAGCUACUGCUGCAAUGGCAAAGCUAAUUUUGUUGUUGCUGAAAUGUAUAGUUUUAUUGAGCACUGUCGAGGCCGUGUUUGAGGAUCAAGUCGGAAAAUUUGACUGGAGGCAGCAAUAUGUAGGCAAGGUUCGCUUUGCCCACUUUGACACACAUUUGCAAUCAUCCAAAAAGGUGAUUGUGGGAACUGAUAAGAACGUUUUUGCCGCCCUUAAUACCAGGACUGGAGAACUUUUCUGGCGACAUGUGGAUAAGACUGGGCCAGAGGGAAACAUUGACGCUCUUCUGCAACAUGGACAAGAUGCGGUGCUGGUGGUUGGUAACGGUCGCCUUCUGCGUUCCUGGGAGAUGAAUGUUGGUGGUUUGAACUGGGAGAUUGUGCUUGACUCUGGCAGCUUCCAGGCAGCAUGUUUAGUUGGACAGCAAGACACAGUGAAACAUGUGGCUGUUUUGAAGAAAACUGCCAUCUCUCUCCAUUAUCUUUCUAAUGGUCACCAAAAAUGGAUAGAGAAUCUUCCAGAAAGUGAAACAGUGGAUUACCAGACUGUGUAUUCUGGUGGAAAUGGUGAAGUGUAUGUACUGGGAGUUGUUCCUCAUUCCCACAUUGCAAUUGUUACUUACAGUGUGGAGGAUGGAGAGAUAAUCAAGCAGAUCUCAGUCGAAGCUCCAUGGCUGUCCAACAUACAGGCCAGCUGUGCAGUGGUCGGCCAGGGGAUGUUGACGUGUGUGGACUCUGCAACUCUAUCCCUCUACACGCUUGACUUGCACACACAGUCACAGAUGACCCAAAUCCCCCUGCAGUCACUGGGACUUGAAGUCACACCAGGCUUCCAUCCAGUGCUGGUUUCCACUCAGCCCAAUCCAGCCCGGCAUCCACUGUCAGAGUUCUUCCUUCAGCUUGGACCCGAACACCACGUGCUUCUCCAGCUCAACGAGGGUCAGAUAGUCACACUGAGGGAUUUCAAGCCUGCCAUGUUGACUUCAUUUUCAACCACUGGAGAGAAGACUGUCGCUGCUAUCAUGUCACCCAAGAAUAAAACUGCUUGCAGUCUUAACCUCUUCAGUGCAGAAACUGGGCGCCGACUUCUAGACACAACCCUGAUUUUUAAUAUGGAUCCUAAUGGUGGGAAACCAGAGAAGCUGUAUGUACAAUCAUUCCUGAAGAAAGAUGACUCUGUUGGCUACAGGGUCAUGGUGCAGACAGAAGACCACACUCUCACUUUCAUACAACAGCCAGGGCGUGUAAUGUGGACAAGAGAGGAAGCCCUGUCAGAUGUGGUGACAAUGGAAAUGGUGGAUCUGCCCCUCACAGGAACGCAGGCAGAGCUGGAGGGAGAGUUUGGCAAAAAGGCCGCCAUUCAAGACGGCCUGAUGUCCAUGGUGCUGAAGAGGCUCUCCUCUCAGCUCAUCUUGCUGCAGGCCUGGAUCUCCCACCUCUGGAAGCUGUUCUAUGAUGCGCGGAAACCUCGCAGCCAAGUUAAAAACGACGUGACCAUUGAGAACCUGUCCAGAGACGAGUUCAACUUGCAGAAGAUGAUGGUUAUGGUUACGGCAUCUGGCAAGCUCUUUGGGAUUGACAGCAAGACCGGCAGUAUUUUAUGGAGGCACUACUUGGACAACAUCCCACCUAAUGCAGCAUUCAAACUAAUGGUGCAACGGACGACUGCACACUUUCCUCAUCCCCCACAGUGCACACUGCUCAUCAAAGACAAGGACACAGGCCUGGCCACGCUUCAUGUGUUUAACCCCAUCUUUGGAAAGAAAAGUCACAUCACCCCACCCGCUCUGCCUCAGCCAAUACUGCAGUCACUCAUGCUGCCGCUCAUGGACCAGGAUUAUGCUAAGGUCUUACUUCUCAUUGAUGACCAGUACAAGGUGUCUGCCUUUCCCUCUACAAAGAAUGUAUUACAGCAACUCCAGGAGAUGGCCUCAUCCAUAUUCUUUUAUCUUGUUGACUCCAGCCAGGGAAGACUGUCCGGCUACAGGCUACGAACGGAUUUGUCGACCGAGCUGAUCUGGGAGGUAGUCAUCCCGACGGAGGUGCAGAGGAUUGUCUCCGUCAAAGGGAAAAGGCCCAAUGAGCAUGUGCACUCUCAGGGCAGAGUCAUGGGAGACCGUAGUGUCCUCUAUAAGUACCUGAACCCCAAUCUGUUGGCGGUAGUGACUGAGAGCACAGACUUGCAUCAGGAGCGCAGCUUUGUCGGGAUCCUGCUGAUUGAUGGCGUAACUGGUCGCAUUAUCCACGAGGCUGUUCAGAGAAAGACCAGAGGACCGGUGCAUGUUGUGCACUCUGAAAACUGGGUGGUGUACGAAUACUGGAGCACCAAGUCUCGCAGGAACGAGUUCUCUGUGAUUGAGCUGUAUGAAGGAAUGGAGCUCUACAACAGCACUGUGUUCAGCUCUCUGGAUCGACCACAUGCUCCCCAGGUGCUGCAGCAGUCUUACAUUUUCCCCUCCGCCAUUUCUACCAUGGAGGCCACCCUGACUGAGAAGGGCAUCACCAGCCGCCAUCUGCUCAUUGGCUUGCCAUCAGGAGGAAUUUUGUCAUUGCCCAAAAUGUUCCUUGACCCUCGGAGGCCAGAAAUAGUAUCUGAGCAAAGCCGGGAAGAGAAUCUGAUACCAUACGCACCAGAGUUGCUGAUUCGAACAGAGUGGUUCAUCAACUACAAUCAAACUGUAUCAAGAGUGCGAGGAAUUUACACUGCCCCCUCUGGCCUGGAGUCAACCUGCCUGGUGGUGGCAUAUGGUCUUGACAUCUACCAGACACGCGUCUAUCCCUCAAAGCAGUUUGACGUACUGAAAGACGACUACGACUACAUGCUGAUCAGUAGCGUCCUCUUCGCCCUGUUCUUCGCCACCAUGAUCAGCAAACGCCUGGCAGAAGUCAAACUGCUCAACCGGGCCUGGCGGUAAAGUGAUCGUCAAAAUCCCAUCUCUGACAGCCCCGAGGCUGCACAAAGGACCUCAGCCCGAGGAGAUGAGACCGCUGAGGCCGAGCCUGUAGAAGAACACAGGUCAAAGUUCAAUAAGGCCCAUAAGGAACUGCAGGGGUGCGGGGACGGCGGGGUGGGGGUGAAAGGAGGGGUUAGAAAAGGUUUUAUGUGUUUAUUUUAUAACUUAUUUUGCAAGCACAAGGAAUAAUUUCAUAGUAGGAUAAUUGUUUUUUGUGCCAUGUCAUUUUGAUUAAAUGUUUAAAACAUAACUAAUUACAAAUCACUGAAACGACUUGAAUUUAGUAAAUGGAGUUUGGAAAUUAGUUUUUACUAAGAUUAAUUUUGUCACAUUUCUGCGUCAUUAGACUGUUCUGAAUGAGAAUGAUAAUAAAUGUUGAGGUCAGUCAGAGAAACCAGAGACAGAAGACAUGCAACACACGUGAGCAUGACUUAGUACAAUACCUCAGUCGAAUGGUUUGUACUUUUAGCCUGCUGAAUCACCAUGAUACCCAAAUGCCAUUCGGUUUGAUGGCAAAUGAACUGUGAAUAUGAAGUGUGAGGAGAUAAUGUAGCACGGGCAAGAAACGGUUAUUUGCUUUCCUGAAGACGCUCCCACCAAAAGCACUGUCAUGAUGUCUUCACCAUCACACACUUCAUGAAGGAAAAUGACCAACAGUAGCCCUUGUUUAUGUACAUCAGUCAUCCUGCAGCUCAGAUAUUUGUGAGCACUAUCAGCUACCGUUAAUGCUCCAUUAAAAAAUUGUCUCAGAACUCCA